GUGGAUGUCCGCGUUGAUCGCACCUCUCUGAACCAGCCGCAUUUGUGCCGCCCGUCGCGACACGUCGCACCUGGCUCUGAAAUUACCUUGAGCGCGGACGUGUGCGCGUGCGCGCGCAAGCCGGUGGGGGGGGGGGUCUCUCUCUCUCCCCCUCAUCGCCAGUCUGACGCACACGAGCAGCAGCGGCGACGGCGCAGCGGCAUCAAGCGACAGAAACGGAAGCACCAACCGGGACGCUUGUGUGUCUCUCCCAGGCGAGCGAGCGAGAGCGCGUCACGCGUGCGUGCGUGCGUGGCCCGGAGCAACAUGUUUCCCCAGUGGGGACGCGGAAGCAAGCGCGCCGCCGGGGGCUGGGCGCCAGAGGAGUCGCGGCGGCGGCGGCGGCAACGGACCAUGGCAGCGUCUGGACGGGUCAGGAAGGUGGUGCGGAUCUCCUGUUGGAUUCUGCUCUCGGCGAUGUGCUCCUGCGCCCGGGCUCAAGAUGACGUGCCGCCUUAUUUCAAGAUGGAGCCCCCUCAAGUCCAGGUUCACCUGGAGGGCAACCGCCUGGUCCUCACCUGCAUGGCGGAGGGCAGCUGGCCUCUGGAGUUCAAGUGGAUCUACAACGGCACGGAGCUCACGCGCUUUUCCUUGGAGUACAGGUACCUGAUCCCCUCGCUGGACCGAGCCCACGCCGGCCACUACCGCUGCAUCGUCAGGAACCGAGUGGGGGCCAUCAUGCAGUGCGGCACUGAAGUCAGGGUGGCCUACAUGAGCGGCUUCGUGGAAGGCCGGCGCUCUCAGACGGUGUCGCAGGGCGACGCCGCCCUCAUCCCAGCGCCACGCAUCCACAGCUUCCCCAAGCCUCAGAUCACGUGGUUCCGCGACGGACGCAAGAUCCCCUCCAGCAGCCGCAUCGCCAUCACCCUGGACAACACGCUGGUCAUCCUGUCCACGGUGGCGCCCGACGCCGGACGCUACUACGCGCAGGCUGUCAACGACAAGAACGGCGAGAACAAAACCAGUCAGCCCGUCACGCUCGCCGUGGAGAACGUGGGUGGAGCCGCAGACCCCAUCGGCCCCUCCAUCAUCAUUCCCCCGAAGAACACCAGCGUGACCGUGGGGAGGAACGAAGCCAUCUUGGAGUGCGUUGCCAACGCCAGACCGCUGGUCAAGAUGAGCAUCACGUGGAGGAAAGACGGCGCGAUCAUCCGCGCGGGCGUCCGAGAUUUCGGCCGCCGCUUGGUCAUCGGCCAGCCCGCGGCGGGCGACGGCGGCUACUACGAGUGCGAGGCGGCGCUGCGCGACGGCGGCGGCGCGCCCUCGGUUGUCGCCGGCGCCUUUCUGCAUGUGCUCGAGUACCCCUCGUUUGUGAAAGAGCCUCCGAGCCACAUCACCGCCGAGAUGGAGAAGGUGGUGGACAUCCCCUGUCAGGCUGAAGGCACGCCACAGCCAGACCUGGUGUGGUACAAGGACGCGGCGGCCAUCAGCCCCUUGAAGAUUCCUCGCUACAAAAUCCUGCCGGGAGGCAGCCUGCGGAUCAACGGCCUCCUGCCCGACGACACGGGAAUGUUCCAGUGCUUCGCCCGCAAUCCGGCCGGAGAGAUCCAGACCAACACCUACCUCGCCGUCACCAGCAUCGCUCCCAACAUCACCGCCGGGCCAGCCGACAGCGCCGUGAUUGACAGCACCUCCGUCAUCCUUCACUGCGAGACGUCCGGAGCGCCGCGGCCGGCCAUCACCUGGCAGAAAGGCGAGCGCGUCCUGGCCAGCGGCUCGGUGCAGCUGCCCAGGUUCACCCUGCUGGAGUCGGGCAGCCUGCUCAUCAGUCCGUCCCACCUGUCGGACGCCGGCACCUACACCUGCAUGGCCAGCAACUCCAGAGGCAUCGACGAAGCCUCCGCCGACCUGGUGGUGUGGGCCCGCACCCGCAUCAGCAGGCCGCCGCAGGACCAGAGCGUCAUCAAGGGGACCAAGGCGGUCAUGGCCUGCGGCGUCACCCACGACCCCAGCGUCAGCAUCAGCUACGCGUGGGAGAAGAGCGGCUCGGCGCUGGACGUGAAGGCGUCGCCCCGCUUGCGACUGGACGCCGAGGGCACCCUCCACAUCUCGCAGACGUGGUCGGGCGACAUCGGCACUUACACCUGCCGCGUGGCCUCUGUGGGAGGGAACGAUUCCCGCAGCGCCCACCUCCGAGUCAGGCAACUCCCCCACGCGCCAGAAAACCCCGUGGCGGCGCUCAGCAUGAUGGAGAAGCGCGCCAUCAACCUGACGUGGGCUCAGGCCUUUGACGGCAACAGCCCGCUCAUCCGCUACAUCCUGGAAGUGUCCGAGAACAACGCUCCGUGGACGGCGCUCCUCGCCGACAUCCACCCGGAGUCCAACGGGGUGGUGGUGGGCGGCCUGGUCCCCGCACGCUCCUAUCAAUUCCGCCUGUGCGCUGUCAACGACGUCGGCCGGGGGCAGUUCAGCAAAGAGAGCGAGCGCCUGACCCUUCCGGAGGAGCCCCCCAGCGCGCCCCCCCAGACGGUGAUCGCCAGCGGCCGCACCAAUCAGUCCAUCCUGAUCCAGUGGCAGCCGCCCCCCGAGAGCCACCAGAACGGCCCGCUGCAGGGCUACGUCAUCAGGUACUGUCUGUCCGGGCUUCCCGUGGACUGUCAGCUUAAGAACAUCACCAGCCCGGAGCAGAGCAGCCUGAUGCUGGAGGACCUCAUCAUAUGGACCAACUACGAGAUCGAGGUGGCGGCCUACAACGGGGCGGGCAGGGGCGUCUACAGCCGCAAGGUGACCGAGUGGACGCUGCAAGGAGUGCCCACGGUGCCGCCGGGAAACGUGCAAGCCGAGCCGGUCAACUCCACGGCCGUGCGCUUCACCUGGAGCGCCCCCAGCCCGCAGUUCGUCAAUGGAAUCAAUCAGGGAUACAAGCUGUUGGCGUGGGAACCCGGGCGGGCCAGCGAGGCGACGGUGGUGACGGCGCGUCCCAACUUCCAAGACAGCCUCCACGUGGGCUACAUCUCGGGCCUGAAGAAGUUUGCCGAGUACUACACGUCGGCGCUGUGCUUCACGGCGCCGGGGGACGGCCCGCGCAGCCCGCCUCAGCGCCUGCGCACCCACGAGGACACUCCCGGCGCUGUGGGACACCUCAGCUUCACCGAUAUCUUGGAUACCUCCCUGAAAGUCAGCUGGAAGGAACCUCUGGAGAAAAACGGGCUCAUCACAGGCUAUCGCAUCUCGUGGGAGGAGUUCAACAGGACCAACACGCGAGUGACCCACUACCUGCCCAACCUGACUCAGGAGUACAAGGUGACGGGCCUGACGGCGCUCACCACCUACACCAUCCAGGUGGCGGCCAUGACCGCCAAGGGGCAGGGCCAGCUCUCCGCCUCCACCAUUUCCUCGGGCGUCCCGCCAGAGUUGCCCGGCCCGCCAACCAACCUGGCCGUCUCAGACGUGGGCGCUCGCUCCGUCAGGCUGCACUUCAAGCCGGGCUACGACGGCAAGACGUCCAUUUCCCGCUGGCAGGUGGAAGCCCAGAUCGGCGUCGUUGGGGAGAACGAAGAGUGGCUGGCGCUUCAGCAGCUCCCGAACGAGCCGGACGCCCGCGCAAUGGAGGUGCUGGAUCUCAACCCUUACACCAGCUACAGGUUCAGAAUGCGGCAGGUGAACAUCGUGGGUAGCAGUCCCCCCAGCCAACCUUCCGGAGAGAUUCAGACCCUGCAGGCCCCCCCGGACGUCUCCCCCGCCAACGUCUCCUUGCGCACGGCCAGCGAGACCAGCCUGUGGCUCCGCUGGGUGCCGCUUCCCGAGCGGGAGUACAACGGCAACCCCGAUCUGGUGGCCUACCGCAUCCAGUACUCCAAAUGGGGCUCCCAAGGAGGCGUCCUCUCGCACGUCGUCGCGGACCGGCUGGAGAGGGAGUUCGUCAUCGAGGACCUGGAGGAGUGGACCGAGUACGAGGUCCGAGUGCAGGCCGUCAACGGCGUCGGCUCGGGACCCUGGAGCCGGCCCGUCCGCGGCAGAACCAGAGAGUCCGUGCCUUCCAGCGGUCCCGCCAACGUGUCGGCCUUCGCCACCGCCUCCAGCAGGAUCCUGGUGCGCUGGGGCCCGGUCCCCGAGACCGAGCGCAACGGGCUCAUCCUCGGAUACAAGGUCAUUUACAAGGAGAAGGACUCGGACGCGGCCGCCAGCUUGUGGGCGGUGGAGGGCAACGGCAGCCACAGCGUCCUCCUGACGGGCCUGGGCAAGUACGUCCUCUACGAGAUCCGGGUGCUGGCCUUCACCCGCGUGGGCGACGGGAGGAGCAGCGCGCCGUCCGUCUUGGAGAGGACCCUGGAUGACGUGCCGGGCCCUCCGGUGGGCAUCCUGUUCCCCGAAGUGAGGACCACCUCCGUCAGGCUCAUCUGGCAACCCCCGGCCCAGCCCAACGGCAUCAUCCUGGCCUAUCAGGUGACGUACAGGAGCAACUCGUCAGGCAGCAGCGGCGCCACCGUGGACGUCCUGAGCCCCAGCGCGCGGCAGUACGCGGCGGCGGCCCUGCGGCCCCAAACGGCGUACGUCUUUGGCCUGAGCGCCCAAACGCGCAAGGGCUGGGGCGAGGUCGCCGAGGCCUUGGUGGUCACCACGGAAAAACGAGCCCGCCCUCAGCCCACCGGCCGGCCGGUGGCGCCUCAGCGCCACGUGCGGGCCCGGCGAGUGCUGCUGUCCUGGGAGCCGGGCAGCGACGGCCUGUCGCCGGUGCGCUACUACACGGUGCAAUACAGAGAGCUGCCCCGACGCGACUGGACGCUGCACUCCGCCUCGGUCGGCCGCGAGGUCCACAAUUACACGCUGGACAGGUUGAAGCCCUUCACGUCCUACCAGUUCCGCGUGAAGGCCACCAACGACAUCGGCGACAGCGAAUACAGUCAGGAGAGCGAGGCCGUCACCACGCUGCAAGACGCCCCGGACGAAGCGCCCGCCGUUGUUUCCGUAACGCCGCACACCACCACGUCCGUGCUGGUCCGCUGGCAGCCUCCCUCCGAGGAUCACAUCAACGGCGUCCUGCUGGGAUUCCGGCUCCGCUACAGGGAGUUGUCCUACGAGCGCCCGCGGAGCUUCGCCGUCCGCACGGCCGACGAGCCGCCCCCCGGCUGGGCCCGGCUCGCCGGUGCUUACAGCAUCAGGAACUUGAGCGAAUCCUCACUCACCCAGUAUGAACUUGACAAUUUGAGUAAACACAAGCGCUACGAGAUCCGAGUGAGCGCGUACAACGCGGUGGGGGAGGGUCCGAGCAGCGCGCCGCAGGAGGUCUUUGUGGGUGAGGCAGUCCCGACGGCGCCGCCCCAGAACGUGGCGGUCCAGUCGUCCACCGCCACCCAGCUGGACGUGACGUGGGACCCCCCGCCGCCGGAUGCCCAGAAUGGCGACAUACAAGGUUACAAGAUUUACUUUUGGGAGUUUCAGCUGCAGAACGAGACGGAGCGCCUGCGCACGCUGUUCCUGCCCGAGCUGGCCGUGAAGCUGAAGAACCUGACGAGCUACACCACCUUCAUGAUCAGCGUGGCCGCCUUCAACGCGGCCGGCGACGGGCCGCGGUCGCUACCCGCCAGGGGGCGUACUCAGCAAGCAGCCCCCAGCGCGCCCGGCUUCAUCCACUUCGGCGAGCUGACCACCACUUCCGUCAACGUGUCGUGGGGCCGGCCCAAGCGGGCCAACGGCAUCGUGGAGGGCUACCGCCUGGUUUACGAGCCGCGCACUCCGGUGGACGGUGUCAGUAAGACAGUGACGGUGGACGUGAAAGGCGGCGCCCCCCUGUGGAUGAAGAUCAAGGACCUGGCCGACGGCGUCAGCUACAACUUCCGCAUCCGCGCCAAAACGCUCACCUACGGGCCCGAGGUGGAGGCCAACAUCACCGCGGGGCCCGGAGAAGGAGCGCCGGGUCCGCCGGGAGAACCCUUUAUUUCCCGCUACGGCUCCGCCCUGACGCUGCACUGGACCGGCGGCGAUCAAGGCCGAGCGCCCGUCACGCGAUACGUCAUCGAAGCCAGGCCGUCCGACGAAGGCUUGUGGGACAUCUUCAUCAAAGACAUCCCCAAAGAAGUCACGUCCUACACGCUCAACCUCGACAUGCUGCGGGAGGGCGUCACGUACGAUUUCCGCAUCAUCGCCGUCAACGAUUACGGCUACGGUUCGCCCAGCCUGCCCUCGCCCUCCAUAUCAGCCCAGAAAGUGUCGCCCUUCUACGAAGAAUGGUGGUUCUUGGUGGUCAUCGCGCUGGUGGGCCUCAUCUUCAUCUUGCUGCUGAUUUUUGUCCUCGUCAUCCGCGGACAAAGUAAAAAUUACAGCAAGAAGACGGAGGCAGGCAACCAUUCCAACUGCACAGCUCUGCCGCUGAGCCACGGUGAGAUGGUGCGCCUGGACGAGGGCCGCUUCCCCUCGCUGGAGCUCAACAACCGACGCCUGUCGGCCAAAAAUUCCUUUUGUCGCAAGAACGGCAUCUACACGCGGUCGCCGCCGAGGCCCAGCCCCGGAAGCCUGCACUAUUCCGACGAGGACGUGAGCGCCAAAUACAACGACCUGAUUGCGGCAGAGAGCAGCAGCCUGACGGAGAAGCCCUCCGAGAUCUCCGAUUCUCAGGGCAGCGACAGCGAGUACGAGAUGGACCAGAGUCGGCCCAAGACGCACUCCUUCGUCAGCCACUACAUCAGCGACCCCACCUACUUCAACUCGUGGCGGCGGCAGCCCAAGGGCGUGUCGCGGCCGCCGGCGUACGGCUACGCGCAGCCCGAGCCCCUGGCCGAGCAGGAGUCGCGACAGCAGCCGCCGCCCGUGCCCCCGCUGCCCCCCCAGGGCGCCGCCCCGUCGCCGCAGGGCCAGGCCGCCCUCUUCAGGCCCAAAGGAAGCCGGACUCCCACCCCGUGCCCGCUGUCCUCCGAAGCUCCCGGCCAGCGCGCCGCCCUCUACCGGCCCCCCAGCAGCCUGGCCUGCGGCGCCGCCGCCCCGCCGCCCGCCGCGGGCUUCUCCUCUUUUGUCUGACGCCCCGAGAAGGACGCCUUCGCGCCGAACGUCCGCGUCGGGGGCGUCUUCCUCCCCCGCCCGCCGCGCAUCAUCGACGUGAUGUUUAUUUUGUGAAGAAAAAGACGGUCAUUGCCAGGUUUUUAUUUGUCACGCCAGAUUGAGUUGUUCCAAGAAAAAGACAAAAAACAAAGACUCGCUGACGGUCGCUGUGACCCGCUGCAUCGCCUUCUUCCCCUUUUUCGUCGUGUCGACCUCGUGAACUCAUCUCGGAUUGUUUCACGGCUAUUUCGAGGAAUGCUCGUCACAUUCAAGCAUCCCGGCACCUUUGGCUGGGCUUUUUCCGGGGCGAGGCGGGGUGGGGUCGGGGGUGUCCAUUUGUGCAGUAGAUAGCUUGACAAACUGUUACUUAUUUUCCAUCAAGUGUAUUCUUCGCCGCAAAAGCACACGUCCCGGCAGAUCGGGCCACCUUACACACCUCCUGAUUCCGGAAUUGAGUCGGAAAUGGUGCAAAAAUGUGUGCGGUUGACCCCAGUCGACUUGUUUCCACAUUUUGAUGGCAAUCAAGAGUUGAACGGAACUUUCUGGAGUGACUGCCAAAGAAAUGAAGAAUCACUCCACCCAUUCGGUGUUUUGAAGGAGUGUCCGAAUGUUCCAAGCUUGCAUUGCUCAUUCCUCAAGGUGGCGUCUUGUACAAAUGACACCGGGUUUGUCCAAGUCAGCUUUUUGGGGGGCAUCUGAUUCCAAAGGUGCCCCUUUUUUUCUCUAGCACGUCAGGUUUUCAUGGUCGUAGUACGAUCACAUCAGAAACGCAUUCUGUAGUAUGUACCGUACUCAUAUUUAGGAAUGGAGCCACAAGUGGAGUUUUCUUCUGAAACAUCGUGGCUAUGAAUUGCAGCGCAUUGUAACAUCUCGAUUGCGCAAGCUCUUAAAGAUCCAACUGAAACUAUGAAAAAUAUAUAAAUACAUUUUAAAAAUGGGGAAGUCAAUGACAUUUGCGGUUAUUGGAGAUGGGCUCGACAGGUAGUGCACUCAGCACCAUCGAUUGAUGAAGAGAUUUCUUUCCCCGUUCUUGUAGAAAAUGUCAAAAAGUCACAUGAAGCAUUGCCCGUGCAAAGAGUUCUGUGAGUUUUUUUUCCUUUGUACAAAAUCCCGCUAAAUCCCCAUGAGGACAGUCGAGGCAGAUUUCAAGCUGCGUUUGUGAAAACAAGAGGUCACAAAAGACGUUGGACGUCCGCUCGGACAUUUUGUACUCGGCCUCGCCGAGGACCCGCCGGUCCCGCUGUACAGUGUUUGUUUUCCCACUGCGUGUAAUCGCCAAAGUCCUUCUUGUGCGAGCGCCACUGCCGUGGACGCCAUCAGACGUCAUGCAUUGAUUGAUGAGACCGCUCUGAAAAUAAAUUCUUUUAUUUUU